AUGAGAGAGAGUUUAGCAGCUUUACAGGAGCGUUUGGCCCACAUUGAGCAAUGUACAGGGUCUGUAGAAUGUGGGGAGUCCGAAACGGUUUUAAAAAAGCUACAGGCUCUUUCGAACGAGAUCAGACGGAUGUGUAGAGAUGGCACUACGUGCUCCAAAAUGGUUUGGCAACUUUUGGAUACUUACGGAGACAAAAGUGGAAACCAACUAUCACAAAACCAGAUCAUAGAGCUGGAAACAUGUCAAGACUCGCUCGCUGAUAUUCUGCGACAAUUGCAAGAGCUCGAAUUUUGGUAUCGAGACGAAGAUCUCGAUCACGCGCUCUCGUGCGGUAUACUGGAUAGCAGUUUAGCUGGCGGCCGCCUCAAGUUGUCUGAGCUGCCACGACAGUUCGCGCAAGUCUCACGGCUGAUAAUUGGAACUAUGAACCUUCUUCAGCGAUUUGUGGAUUUUAAUGUGAGAAACAACAACUUUUGGAACGAUACUGAGCGACGGGUGAGGUUGCUGGAAGCUGCUAUCAGAGCUCAAGAGGACAGUAGAGCCGUUUGA